AUGAGUGGGAACGACACAUCCGAUUUGGAUGCUGUACGAGUUCAGAUGGCAUUCCGAUGGUCUGGGACUGAGCCAAGCAAUAUGGAGAUCUUUAUCCUGUUUGGUGGAUUUGUUCCGGCUGAUAGCGCUGCAAGUCUUUAUUUACUUUCACUUUGCAACUCGCCUGUCAAGGGAUCGCUUGGAGGCGUCCUCUCCAAGCAAGCCAAGAAUGAUAGCGCUGUUUUAUGUUGA